AUGGGCUCUGGCACCGGCGCAGCGGCGUUCAGCUCGUUCUCGAGCCCGGCUCCGUCGCAUCCAGGCACCCCAGGCCCAACUGGAAGUGCAGGCGCGAAUAGUACUCUCAAUGCACCGGCGUCGGCGUCCGGCUUUAUGGCGGGCAGCGCUGGAUCUGCUGCUGCUGCUGCUGCUGCUGCUGCUGUCGGCCCCGCUUCGUUGACCGGCGCGUCGGGGCCGGCGUCCUCGUCGUCAUCCAGCGCGUCCAAUCAGACGGCCAAUCAAGCACUUAGGAAGCGGUACGCACAAUGGGGAAGCGGCACGGCGCCCGAUGGCUUGGCUGCGCCAGACGCCUCAACGGCGUCCACCGACAAGUUUGGCUCAACGUUCGGAUUUACGUCCCAACUGCUCGCCGAGAUGCUCUCGCCCAAGAAUGCAUUGUGCGACCAGCCGUUCGAGCUCAAGAUAAACGACUUGCUAUACGAGGACUUUAUCAGUGCUGAAGAGUUGGGUGAGGAGGACGAGGACUUCAAGUCGCAUCAGCGCCCGUCCCCCGUGAUGCAGCUCUUCCACCUGGUCUUUGUCUUCCAAGCUGGGCUUUGCACAAGCAUCUUCCGGGACUAUCAGACCCUUGUCUCACACUUGACUGCGGCCUUCCGUCAUGAGGAGCUCAGGUGUGGCUUUCUGAGCGAGCAAGUGCAAAUUUUGAUUGACAUUCUCGAUUCCAACGCCAUCCUCCCCAGCGCUGGGGCAGCAGGCACUCCAGGGCCAGGUGCACCUGGACUCGACAUGCCUGCCGCUUCGUCGCAAGAUUGGCAGCACCAUGCUCCGACAACAGCACCCUCUUUCCCGGCGUUUGCCGAUGCGACCGGACCACCCCAGCCCUCAGUCCCAGCCAAGGCCCGCCCGCCCAUACCCAAGCUCGUGACUGCUGCCAGCUCCCCUGCAUUAUUCGCCACCUCGGCCAAUCGGGCAUCUUCUGCCAUGGCUGCUGCAAGUGGGAACAGCUCGCAGGUGUUGACGCAGCCUGCUGCGCAACAGCUGCCACCCACACUCAAUUUGAUUGAUGCUCGCGAGGCCAUCACGAACGAAAUCUUGCGGCGGUGCAAGCUGGCUCAGUAUGUGCAACACAUUUUCAACACACUAAGACCAGGGAGCUCUGCGGCGGGCGUUUCCAUCAAGGUCAAUGGCUGGAUUGAGGUGACCCUGCCCGUGAGACCCAUGAAUGAGCCAGACCUUCGCCUGACGCACAAAGACUAUCUUCGGCGGCAUCGCGAGCAACGACAACAGCAACAGCACAUGUACCACCAACAUGAGCCGCACACCAUCUUGAAUACCUACCGCGCGUACUCGUUCGGCGGCGCCGGGAGCUCGCACAGCAAUGGCGGGGUUGUGCCUGUUGCUGAAAUCCACAUUCCGAACGGCAAUACUUCAGUCACCGCGGCUAGUUCAGCACGCGAGUCCGCUCCGGACACUUCUUGAAAUGUCGCAGGAGGUCGGCAUUCCCCUCCAGCACAUCUUCCGCCUGUCCGCCCACCUCGUUCAUUGGCAGCGAGCCUCCGUCACCCACACACUCUCCCGAUCAAACGUGUAUAGUCUGUCGCCGUGUGCGUCUUUGGCCGUAAACUCCCAUUUGGUUUCCGAGUUUUCCAGCAACUUCAAGCAAGGGCCUUCUCUGCACAUGCUCUUGUCGCGGUUUUCGUACCCGCGACAACUUGGUGAUCACAUGGCGUCCAUCCCGCCUGAAAAGCAAACGGAA